UGCUUAACAGAUGAUCACUGCCAAGCUGACUGGGAGAUCACUGCAGAAAAUGGGAGCAUCAGGGGCAAAGCUACAAUUGAACAAGCAUCCCCCUGUCCAACGGCUUGGAAAUGGUACAGUCCCACCUCCUCCGCCAGCUGGGAGAUGAGCUGUAGAUGUUGCUAGAAUGAAAGAGCAUCAGUACAGGCUGCAGAGAGGCUGAAGCGACGUUAGGGCGAGCAAGCGCAAAUCCAGUGGCCUGCUUAAAGAGACCAGCGGCGGGGGAAUAACGCUCCACCUCCUCUCUCUCUUUUUUUCCUCGCUCUCUCUUACCCCUCUGCCUUCUUCGGAAGUAAAGGCGCCUUCACAAGCAGAGGAGCAUCUGCAACAGGAAAACAUGACUCAAGGAAAGCUCUCUGUGAACAACAAGCCUCCAAACUCUGAAGGGCAACGGGGAAAUGCAGAAAAGGACAGUGCGACCGCCCCAUCAGCUCCUCCAACCUAUGAAGAGGCAACUUCAGAAGAAGGGAUGAAAGCAGGGGUAUUCCCACCCCCAAUGAAUGUCCCUCUCCACCCCACCUGGGCAUAUGUGGAUCCUAGUACCAGCCCCAACUAUGGCAGUGGAGACACUGAGGUGCUCACAACUUUCAGCUGGGAUGAUCAGAACAUACGCAGGGUUUUCAUCAGGAAGGUUUAUGCUAUUAUCAUGCUGCAGCUGCUUGUUACGGUCGCCAUUGUGGCUGUCUUCACCUUCUGUGAACCAGUCAAAGGAUAUAUCCAGUCAAAUCCAGCCUGGUAUUGGGCUUCCUAUGCUGUCUUCUUUAUUACCUACUUGAUUUUGGCCUGCUGCUCUGGACCCAGGAGGUACUUCCCAUGGAACCUGAUCCUCUUGAGUAUCUUUACUCUGUCCAUGGCCUAUCUGACUGGGAUGCUCUCCAGCUACUACAACACCAAGUCAGUCCUUCUGUGUCUAGGGAUCACAGCGCUAGUAUGUCUCUCUGUUACCAUAUUCAGCUUCCAGACCAAGUUUGACUUCACCUCUUGCCAGGGCGUGCUCUUUGUGAUGCUGAUGGUGCUGUUCUUCAGUGGGAUCAUUCUGGCCAUCAUCCUUCCUUUCAAAUAUGUGCCGUGGCUCCAGGCUGUUUAUGCUGUGCUGGGUGCAAUUGUAUUCACUAUGUUCCUGGCCUUUGACACACAGCUCCUGAUGGGAAAUCGUCGCUACGCUAUGAGCCCAGAGGAAUACGUCUUUGGAGCCCUCAACAUUUACCUGGACAUCAUCUACAUAUUCUCCUUUUUGCUGCAGAUCUUUGGGUCCAGCCGAGAGUGAGCUGGACAGAACUCCUAGGUCCUGUGUCUGAUGAAAGAGAAUACAGAAACACACACACACAGACACAGACACAGACACACACACACACACACGUGUUAACACAACAGAAACAAACAAAGGAGAGAGGAACAAUUGACCAACUUCUCUGGCACUUUAGCGAGCUCCAUUCCAUCAGAUGAACACCUGUGCCCACCCAUUGGCCUUGGGUUCCUUCUGCAGCCUGUACAUAUAUAUAUUUAUGCUGUUAAAUCUUUUGUGACUCAAAAAGCAAAUUGGGAUGGAAAUGCUAGGCCUUCCCUUGCUCCCAUGACUGCCUUCAAGCUGUUAAUUGAAUCUGGGUGGUGGAGGGGAGGGGUGCAGUUCUGUAAAGAACAGCAGGAGAGAAAGUGUGUGUGUGUGUGUGUGUGUGUGUGUGUGUGUGUGUGUGUGUCCCAGUGUUGCAUUCAAACUAGAGCUGAAACAAAUGUGGAGGGUGGGGGGAGAAUGAAUCAGAAUUCAAAUAUAUACAGACUACCACAAUUUAUGCAAAUCUACACAGUGCUUCUUGAGAUUUCUUGCAUUUGUAAUCUGGAUUGCACUUCUCAAAAUCCAAGUUCUGGCACAAAUUUAAGACCAGCCUGUUUACUUGCUUUCCCUCUUAAACCCACCCUUUCCCCCAAAUGCUCAGGGGGGCUUACAUAUCAUGCCUAGGCAAACUCCCAUCUAAGCAGCUUCCAAGGCCCAACCUGCUUAGCUUCAGCACUAGAAUUGAGCCAUGGUUUUCCUCAUGGGCCACUGGGCAUUUUUGUCCCACAAAAUGGAACCAUGUUGCCUGGCCUUGCAUUUUAAUUCAGCAGUUGAAGGUUGAGUGCAUCUGUUGAAUUUCAGUUUCUUGGCCUUGUGUUUUGUUUCAGCUCUUUAACAACACAGCAAGGGAAAGAUGGGGAGAGAACAUGCACAAGAAAUGGACAGCGUGAUCCUGCUCAACCAGGGAUAGUGUUGGAGCACUGGUUUGGUCUCAGGAACAAACUUUUGCUUGUCCACAGCCAGCUUCUGAGAUCUCUCCUCUUGCCACCAUAUGUUUUGCUCCCCUCCUUGGCAUCAGUUCCUCCACCUGUCCCACUUCUCCUCUCCUGGGAGCAUUGGUGGUAUUAGGCCUCUUCUCAGUAGCUAAUCGUGGCUCAGGAGGAGGAGAGACAGGAGUUGAACACUAGACAUUCAGACAUUACAUUGAACACUCGUACAAUGAGUGUACAGUGUACACAGAUACAGUUAUUCACAUGUUAUGUUGAACACAGGUAUAGCAGUGAACUUCCUAUCUGUAGCCCACAUUUGAGGGGCUUGUACCCAGGAUCUCUUUUAAAAUGAACAUAGUUAAAGUCAUUCACACAUGAACGUGUAUAAGUGUAUGGACAUCUGUACACGCAGACAACAUAAUGUCUGAAUAGGGCCAGAGAAUGCUGUUUGUUCUGCUGUUGUAUCCCUGAAUAAGCAGGGCUGGGCUUCAAGGAGCCAGGGCUGAUUUGGAGAGAGUGGCUUGGCUCUUGUUGAACUACAACUCCAGUGACCCCUAGCUUCAAUUUAUAGAGGCUGGGAAUGAUGGGAGUUGUAGUCUAGCAACAGCUGCAGAGCCUCAGGUUGUCCUGUCCUGGACUAUAACUUCUUGAAAAGAUGAUUGCCAUUCUCUAUAGAGAGAAAGAGAAAGAAAUUGAGAACUACUGUGUUAUGGCACCUUUGUACAUAAUAUAUUUCAAAAUCUAGAUGGGACAAGGAAGAUUGCUGGUCUUGUGGUAGCAAGCAUGACUUGUCCCCUCAGCUAAGCAGGGUCCACCCUGGUUGCAUGUGAAAGGGAGACUAGAAGUGUGAGCACUGUAAGAUAUUCCUAGACCAUCUAGGCUCCAAGUUUCUUCCCUGGCAUCUCCAAGACAGGGCUGAGAGAGACUCCUGCCUGCAACCUUGGAGAAGCCGCUGCCUGUCUGUGAAGACAAUACUGAGCUAGAUAGACCAAUGGUCUGACUCGGGAUAUGGCAGCUUCCUAUGUUCAUCACUUUCAUUGGUAUUCAUAUCAUUGCAUUGGCACCAGCAGCCCUUUAGAUAUCCUGAGUCUAUAGAUAGAAGCCUCAUGUCUCCCAUAAGUUUCAUCUAUAGGCAAAUCCUCUCUCAGAGGUACCUUUCUCACCCUAAUCACCUCUUUACAAAAAGUGUUGUAACCUUCUUGUGCAAAGCCCCUCUGACUGCUUUGACCACUACUGUCUCAAUUUCCUGGCCAUGCAGGCCGGCAUCACUCUCUAAGACCUGGUUACAAACUGGAGUGUGAGAUCAUGCUGCCAUCCCCAUCUCUCUGUUGCCAGGUGGUGAUAGACUGAUAGGACGAGUGUUGAGGUGGCAGAAUGGAAAUCCAAAGGGAUAUGCCUGACCACCGCUGGACAAAGGUUAUGUGCAGAAAGUGUGGACCAUUUCUAAGAGCUCAAGUUGUGCAGGAGUUGUAUUUUAAAGGCUCUGUCUGCACCAGUACCACUGAUUGUGUGCAUCGGACGAUUCCAAAAGGCCAUCUCCCACCGUGCGUAGAGCACUCUUUGCCUUGCAGCUGGAUAGAACUGCUGAUGCAGUUCAGUGUUUUGCACUGUGGCAUUCAUACCCCACCCUUCCUCUACUGAAUGCAGGGGGCGCUGAGCUCAUCUGAACUGUUCGUGGCGCAGUCCUAUUUCAGCUGGUUAGAGCAUUGGAAUAGAUCCUGGGAGGCCCCAGUUCAGAUUCCCAUUCGGCCAUGAAACUCACGGGGUGAUUCUGGGCCACUCACUUAUCUUCCAGCCGUACCUACCUCACAGGGUUGUUGUGAGGAUAAACAUAACCAUGUGCACCAUUUUGGGCUCCUGGGAGGAAAGUGGGCUAUAAAUGUAAAUGUAAAUUUACAAAAGUAGGCUAUAAAUGUAAACCAAAACUGGGCCUUUUCUAGAGUUGCCCCGAGGCUCUGGAACACACUCCCAAAUGAAAUCAAAAUCUCCUCAUCUCUGGUUGUUUUUACACAACUUUUGAAAACACACCUAUUUUAUCAGGCUUUUAGUUUAUAAUGUUUUAAAGUUUAUUUGAUAAUUUUAAUCUGCGUAUAUGGUUUUUAGGUUUUGAUAGUUGUAUGAUUGGGUUGUAAUCCACCCUGAGAUUUUAUAUAGGGUGGUAUAUAAAUGUGACAAAUAAACAAUAUAAUAUAAAUAAAGUAGGGGAUAGGUUAGACUGACACAAUUAGUUGCCCAGGGCCGCUCUGGAGGCAUCACACCUGAAAACGGAUUUGAACCCGCCUUCCUGUGGUUGAAAUACUGCAUCAGCUGCACCACACUUGCUCCCUAGUCAGACAUGAUCUAUGAUGCUUUGUGUAUGUAUGUAUGUAUGUAUGUAUGUAUGUAUUUAUUUGGUUUGUUGCACUGAUAUCCUGCUUUUCUUUCCAGAAGCUCAGAGUACACUUCAUGGGGCUCCUCCAGGCAGUCUCCUAGCUGGGAGCGGACUGAGAGCUUAUGUUUAACCAUAUACCAGCAUCCUGUGCCCUCAGAUGACUCCAUUAUUAAACAAAUUCAUUCUA